AUGGUGUUAACGUUAUGGUCACUUCGUUCCAAACACACUAAAGCAUCAAAUUAUGAUUUGGAAAGGAUAUACCAGGGAAUAAGCAACUAUUUCACUCUGAAAAUCCAUCAUGGUGGGAUAUUCACGAAAAGCCCUGGGAGAAGGUACGUAGAUGGAACAAUAGACUAUGUUGACUUCGUAGAUAUUGACGUUUUCUCUGUGCAUGAGUUGGAUACAAUGGUUCGAGAAAUAGGGUACGUAGAAGGGCAAACUUUGUAUUAUCAUUUUCUUAUUCCAGAAGUAGAGUUGGACUUUGGUCUGUUACCUCUAGGAAAUGAUGGGGAUGUGCAUGUAUUGUCAAAUUAUGUGGAAAAAAAUAACCUUUUAAGUAUCUACAUAGAGCAUGGGCAUACAAGGGUUAACAGUUAUUUUUUGUCCCCCACCAAGGUUAUUAUUGAGGAGUUGGUUACUGAUGUAUCCCCUGAACUAGAUAGGAACCAAAAGAAGGGAAAAGUUGUUGGGUCUUCUAGGAAAAAAUUAGACUACUCCCAGUCCAUUGUUCCAUAUGGAACAUUUGAUGGACCUUCACAAGUGAUAAAGGAUAGUGAGCCAGUUAUGGAUGAUGAGCCAGUUAUGACUGAUGAGCCAGUUUUGAAUGAUGAACCAGUUAUGAAUGAUGAACCAGAUUUAAAUGAUGAACCAGUUAUGAAUGAUGUACCUGUUAUGAAUGAUGUGCCAAUCAUAGAUGACCAAUAUGAUGAGCCAGUUAUGAAUAAUGAUCCAGUUGUAGAUGAUGAAUAUGAUUGUGAGGAUAGUGCAGAUGAAAGUGAUUUUGAUAGUCAGCAUGAUGCAAAAAAAAUAGUGUUUGAUGAGGAACCUUUGAUAGAUGAUGUGGAGGUGAACAUGAUCAACUUCUGUAGUGUACUUGAUGAAGACAUUGACUUGGGCCAGCUUGAUCCGACAAACAAUAAUACUAAAGAACAUGAAGACAUUGAAGAUGAACGUUUAGAAGUCUUAGACAAUGAUGUAUUUGAGUCAUUUGCUAGUGAAAAAGAGCCUAGGAAGAAAUUGUUAAGGUCCAUUCUAAAACCAGUUGCUUGUUCAUCUGGUGAGGUUCACACUAAAGCUUUUAAGAUUGGUCAGACGUUCAAGGAAAAGGAAAAAAUAAGAGAAGUUAUUGCCAACUACUCUGUAAAAGAAAGGAGGGAUCUACAUUAUGUAAAGAAUGACAAGACAAGAGUUAGGGUAAAGUGUAGGGGUAUUGUUCCUGAAUUGACUGGUGACAAUGAGAAACAACUUUGGACUGUCAAAACAUACGAAGAUUCUCAUUCUUGUUUGCAAACAAGGACAGUGAGGGCUUGUUCAUCUAAGUUUCUAGCUAACAACAUAUUGCAUCAAGUUGAAAGUAACCCCAAGAUCCCUACACGUGCUUUACGAGAGGAGUUAGUACAGAGGUAUUCACUUUCAAUAUCAAAGAUGAAAGUAUUUUGGGCCAAAGCUAUGGCAAAACAAUAUGUUUAUGGUGAUUAUGAAAAGCAGUACGGUGUUUUGAGAGAAUAUGCCAUGGAAUUGAAGUCAAAGAAUCCAGGAACAACUGUGAAGAUAGAUGUCGAAACUGAACCCAAUGUGUCUUCUGAGACAAGGAUCUUCAAACGGAUAUAUAUAUGCUUAGGUCCAUUGAAGGAGGGAUUUAAAAAAGGUUUGAGGGAUUUUCUUGGAUUUGAUGGUACGUUUUUGAAGGGUCCCUUUCCAGGACAAAUUCUUACUGCAGUUGGGCUUGAUUCGAACAAUGGCAUUUACCCAGUUGCAUAUGCCAUUGUAGAGACUGAAAAUAUUAACUCUUGGACAUGGUUUUUGGAACACUUGGGUGAUGACUUAGAUUUGAAUUCUUCAUCUAACUUCACUUUCAUUUCAGAUCGGCAAAAGGGAAUCUUGGCUGCAAUAGAGAAGUUAUUUCCAUCAGCUGAGCAAAGGGCUAUGGAGAAACUGAAAAAGCUUAACCCAGAAGCACAUGAGUGUUUAAGUAAAAUUCCUGCAAAACACUGGGCAAGAUCCCAUUUCUCUCUGGUAUUUAACUCCAAGCUAGAUGAGGCAAGGGACAAGCCUAUAAUCACUUGUUUGGAAUAUAUUAGAGAAUACCUCACAAAGAGAAUAGUAAAUGUUCAUAAGGUGCUAGACAAAUGCAAAGGUUCUCUAAGUACAACUGCAACAACAAUCUUAGAAAACAAUAAGACAGAGGCAAGUAAGAUGAGGGUUCUAUUUAAUGGAGCUGAUAAAUAUCAAGUGACUGGUCUAUGGAUGGAGCAGUAUGUUGUGAAUUUGAAAGAGAGGAGUUGCACUUGCAGGAAAUGGGACAUUACAGGUAUUCCAUGCCAGCAUGCUAUUGCUGCAAUGUAUGAUAAGAUGCAGAAUGGGUCAGAAUGUGGAGAUCCUGAGGCUUGGGUGAGCAAAUGUUACUGGCUCAGUACAUGGAAUGCUAUGUACCAACACACAAUUGACCCAAUAAAUGGAAGGAGCAUGUGGCCUAGAUCUGAUUGUCCAACAACCCUUCUCCCACCCAAACAUCACAAACAGGUUGUGAGGCCAAAGAAAAAAAGGAAGAGGCAGUUGAUGAGCCAACUCAAAGUACCAAGUUAA